GGGGUGCAGGGGCCCCUUCGGAUCACUACAUCUGUAUCUUUGGGCUGCUCUGGCCCUCCGCUGAGCUCACUCUCGAUUUAAAUCCUCUUUGGAAGUCGAUCCCAUCCAGAUUCACAUCCAGACAAGCGUCCCAGCCUCUGGGGCCUCUGAAUUCUCCUCUGCUGUGUCAGAUGCAGAGGGGAGACAUGAUCGUUUCUCAGCUCCACCGCCCCCUCCGCAUGGCCCCUGCUGCCCAAGUUCCCCUUCUGUGGUGACCACAGCUCUGUCACCCACGGCUUCCUGUUGGGGCUUCCUUGGCCUCACCCCCCAGUGUGGGCCAUUUCCUUCCCCCAGAGGGACCUGAACCCGGGCUCCUGCCCUGGCCGGUGCAGACAUGGUGUCCCUGCUGCUGCUGCCCCUGCUCUGGGGGGGGUCCCUGCAGGAGGAUCCAGGGUUCGAGCUCCGAGUGCAGGACUCGGUGACGGUGCAGGAGGGUCUGUGUGUCCAGGUGUCCUGCUCCUUCUCCUACCCCUGGAGCUCGUGGCCUUCCACUGGGAUGCCCUACAUGAACUGGUUCCGGGUUGGGGACAGCUCAUACAAACGUUAUCCUGUGGCUACAAACGACCGAAGGAAAACGGUGAAGACAGAGACCCAGGGCCGAUUCCACCUCGUUGGGAACUCCUGGGACAACAACUGCUCCCUGAGAAUCAGAGAGGCCAGGAGGAGUGACCAGGCAGUCUACGAGUUCCAAGUGGAUACAGGAGACUACAGGAAAUAUACUUACAGAGAUAAGCAGCUGGCCCUGCAGGUGACAGCCCUGACACAGAAACCCGACAUCCACUUUCUGGAGCCCCUCAAGUCUGGCCAUCCCACAAACCUGACCUGCAGUCUGCUGGGAUCCUGCGAAGAAGAAAGAUCUCUCACCUUCUUCUCCUGGGUGGGGGGUGCUCUUGACUCACUGGACCCCCGGACCCUCAGGUCCUCGGUGCUGACCCUCACCCCGAGGCCGCGGGACCACGGCAACAACCUCACCUGUCAGGUGCAGCUGUCAGGAACUCAGGGCACCGUGGAGAGAACCAUCAGUCUCAAUGUCUCCUAUGCUCCCCGGAACCUCACCAUCAGUGACUCCAGGGAUGUUGUAGCCCCGAAGAUUCUGGAAAACACCUCAUCCAUUCUCAUCCGGGAGGGACAGGCUCUGCAGCUGCACUGUGCUGCUGACAGCAACCCCCCUGCCGAGCUGAGCUGGUUCUGGGGGUCCCCCGCCCUGAAUGCCACCCCCACCUGCAAGAGUCCAAUCCUGGACCUGCCUCAAGUAGGGGCUGAGGAGGAAGGAGACCUCACCUGCCAAGCUCAGAACUGGCUGGGCUCUCAGCACAUCUCCCUGCAUCUCUCCGUGCUCUACCCCCCGCGGCUGCUCCCCCCCUCCUGCUCCUGGGAGGGCGAGGGGCUGCACUGCCACUGCUCCUCUCAAGCCCAGCCCGCCCCCACCCUGCGCUGGCAGCUGGGGGAGGGGCUGCUGGAGGGGAACCACAGCAACGCCUCCUGGACAGUCACCUCCAGCUCUGCGGGGCCCUGGACCAACAGCUCCCUGAGCCUCAGCGGGCCGCUGGGCUCCAGCCUCAGACUCAGCUGCGAGGCCCGGAAUGCACACGGGUCCCAGAGCGCCGCUGUCCUGCUGCUCUCAGGGAAAUCCGCGUUCCCGGCGGGAGCUGUGCCUGCAGCGCUUGGAGGUGCUGGUGCUAUGGCUCUGGUGUCCUUGAGUCUCUGCCUCCUCUUCUUUUGCCUAGUGAAAGCCCGUAGGAAGCAAGCAUCCGGGAGUCGAGAGGGCCUGGAUGAUGAAGACCCUGUCAUGGGUACAGUUGCCUGGGGUUCCAGGAAAAAGCCCUGGCCAGACAGCCCCCCGGCUCAGGAGGCCCCUGCCAGGGACGCCCCUUCCUCAGGGGAGCAACAGGAGCUCCAUUACGCCUCCUUCAGCUUUCAGGAGAUGAAGUCGAGGGAACCUGACGAGGACGCCGCCGGCACCAACGAGUACUCGGAGAUCAAGACCAGCAAAUGAGGAUGGCUUAGCGCUUGGUGCUGGCCUGAGGAAUCGCAGCCCCUGGGGGACAGGAGAAGUCAGGCGCCCAUCGGCGAAGCACGUGGAGCCCUGCGGCAAUAUGAACAGGAAGGACUGGCCGAGUGUCCCCAGGUAGAGCAGACUUGGGCUCCAACGUAGGCUGUCAAGCAAGUCACUGCGUCUCUCCGUGCCUCAGUUUCCCAUUCUGUAAAUCACAGAUCGUGCAUCCUGCCUCAGAGGUGGUCGUGGACAUUAAUUAAUUAACAGGCAGAAAUCAACCAACGAACGUCCCGUCUCACCUGUCUCACCUGCGAUCAGUACCUACUGCUUUCUAUUCUUUGGACAGAAGGGUCCUGCUGGCAAGUUACCCCGAGGCUGGGGGCAACCAGGCCCAGAGCACAGGGUAGCAACCUGCUCGUGUCAUUCUCCUUCCCAGAGCUCUUCAAAGCCCAGGGAAAGACCAGCCCUUCCGCCUGGUGUUUGCUUCAUGAUACAGCAUCUUAUCUCUGUGGAGUCUUCUCCUCGUCCCACGUGUACCUGUCAAUUCUUCCAGCACAUUCCUUCACCUCCUGACCUCCAGUCCCUUCCCUGUCUCAUGGAUGGGCCCCACAGGGAUCUGUCCAACAGCCAGAGAGCUGACCCCAAGUCUCCCAGACAAACCCCUUCAAGGCUCCCUAGCCUUAGACAAUACACCAAGCAUCAGGCGCCCCUAGCUUCCAAAGUCCAUCACAGUCUCCCCGCUAGCUCCUGUUGGAAAAGAAACAACGGGCUCAAAAUGGAGGCACUUGCCCCCACAAGAGCAAACCAAGAUUUACGGUGGUUUCAACCUCUCCCAGAAAUGUGACCCUUAAACAGAGGAUCUGAAAUUUCCUGAUCAUUACUGGUGAGGUCAUCUGCAGGGUAAGAUCUUCCCCCCAAAAGAUGGCCCGAUCUGAAAAAAUCUUCUUUUGUUUUGAUAAAAACUCCCUUGCUGACCGUCUUGCCUAUAAAAACCUUCCACUCCGUGCAACUCCUGUCUCUUUACCAGAAGGGAUGUUACCGGAUUCAGGAGUCUUUGAAUAAAGCCAAUUACAUCCUCAGAU